AUGGCCCCUAGCUUACGAGAACUGAUUGAUUUUCUCCUCGCAGAGAUUGCUCUCUGUGGUGAUCAAGGCGCUACCCCAGCCGAUAUACUAACCUUCAUCGAUACCUUCUAUGCCAAGGCUGCGCAAGAUGCAGUCCGCGCCCAUGUCGUGGACCGUCGGUUCCAGGAGAAGGUCUGGUCCUGGCUGAUGAGAAACCCAGAGGUCUCGGUGGGUAAAGACAGGGAAGGCAAUCAUCUCAGCCUCCAAGAUGCCGAGGGCCGUAGGCAUCGUCAAACUGAUGCGGAGGCGGAUCAAGUCACUCGCGGAGUGUCGGGCGCUGUCCGGGUCUUCGUAUCAGAAGAGCGAACCUGGCUCGCAGUCACCGGUCAUGGACCGGACGAAACCAAGGUCUUUCCCACAGAAUUUGCUCUGCUCUCCAUCAUUGCAUCGCGGAAGCACAAUGGCAUUGCUCAGACCGAGCUAGUCAAAGUUAGUGGUCAGGACAAACGUUCGGUUCCCAAGCGGACCGAUCUUCUGCAGAAAAAGGGCUACAUCGAGAAACGGGCAAUUCAAGUCAAGUCCACCCGGACAAGCCUUUGUACCCUGCGCAAGUUCUUGUCACCGGAGCACCUCAAGGACAGACAAGCUGGUCAGGAUUCAGAGACGGCGCAAGGGGAGAACAUGAUUGAUUUCAAGGAAUUUACCGACCACCUCUUUCAGAUCCUCCAAGAGUAUCAGAUAAUUUCCCGCAAUGACCUCAAGGAGAAGCUCGGGUUUGCAGACCACUGGCGCUGGAGGAUUCUAUCCCGGGCGCUACGGAAGUUCGAGCGCAUAGGAGUCCUCAAACGGGUUCGGGCCUUGUCUCAAUAUGCACAUACGCUGAAGAAGUUCCAUCCUUGUGUCAUGCUGAUCCGCGAGCCAACUGAAAGAGACUUUGAACUCUUCAACGAGUUUAGUCGAGGCAUACUAUCCAACCUGGAGCAGGAAGACAAUGUUGAUAUCGAAGAUGAUCUUGAGCAGGAUGACCCGUCGCAAGACGCAUUGCAGCCAGAGUAUGGCACAGUCGGCCUUGUGAAGCGUGAUGCCGUGGAAGAGGCUGGCCGAAUCCUUCCUUCUUGGACCGCAGAUAGGAAUAUCCACAAUUUGAUCGUCGAUACUGUUGGUCAAACCGGGACCAACGGGAUUACCAACCAGCAGGGGAUCUUGAGAGCUUGUUUUGGCGGCUACUUCCGACGGCCUUUGGAGAAUGCAGUGAGCCGUCUCGUGGAAUGCUGGCAGUUAUCGCAGCCUCCCCAUCUGCGCCAUCUCGCAAUCGUCAGAGAUACGGCACUCCAGCGGACCAUCACGCACUAUGUUCAUUACACCGCAACGAACUUCAAGCAACUCGUGGAUUCCGGGGAAGCAUUGUGGGAGGCGGUUGAGUUUGCCCCGAAAAAGCUCAAGACAAACAAUGUCCGGGUCCCUCCUGUUGAUGCUGUCCCUGAACUGGAUACGUACGGACUUCCCCUUGAGGUUCCCAGGAAGGAGGUAUUAAAGAAUGGGCAUGCUACUCUUCUCGAGUGUAUCCUGGCAGUGAAGCCGCCAAAUUACGUCUUCUCCGGCAGCGAUGCCUUAGCGGCACGUCUGGAGGAUGGAACAUACGUAAUCCAACAGCGCAUUCGGGGCUCUGACCAUCCUCUACCAUACCCUGAGGCUACCCCGGUCAGGAUGAAGAAAGAACGCCGAGAUGCAUCCGAUGCUGAGAUGGGUGAUACACCUAGUGUGAAACCGAAAGGGCGACCACGGAAGACGAAGCACCCUGACGCAUUCCGAGGUAUGUCUGAAAAAGAGAAGCUCGAGGCUCUUGGACUGGACGAAACAUGGACGGAGUAUAGUGUCCUGCUUCUUGAACGCACCGGUCCGGGCGUGUACGUCACCACGCGUGGACGACGACGACCGGCUGGUAGAAGGCAGGGGCGUCCGGCGGUCAGCCGGAUCGCGGUAUUCAAAACACCAGCCCUAGCUUCUCUCCCUUGGUUCCAGAAGGAGAUUGGAUCCGAUGAUGAUUCAAUGCUUGCGAGAGAGACCCCUCUACAGGACAGCACACAGCCUCAGAUUGUCCCUGUAACUGAUGGGGAUGCUGCCCCUCCAGUAACCACACCAAACAGUCCUGCCAGGGGGUAUAAGAGAAGGCUGCGGCACCUUGACUCAGAUGCAGAGCUUGGAACUGGAAGUGCUCUAAAGCAGCGUCGUGUCGAGGAAGUUAAUGGAGACUUGCAAAAUGAUGUGCCGGCCGAGGAACAAGAGCAUGAACCAGGACAUAUGCGGGUCUCCCCCAGACGAACAAAGAGGAAAAGGGCCGUGUCACCACAGCUCCCAGAACCAAGCCCAGUCCCGAAAGGUCGUGCUGCACAUGUUCCUUCGACUGAAACUCUGCCGCAAGGCCGCAACGAUCAGCCGGCCAUUCGCAGUGCGGGCGUCGUUGAAACACCAUCUAAGAGAACGCGCUCCGGACGAGUCCUGCGAGGUGAUAGCACAUCGGCUGAUCCAACUGCGGCUGAAACAAACGACCCUACAUCGACGGCCGGCCGGCCCCGUACAUCCGUGGCCAAUGCAAUUUCUGAGGUUCCCAAGACAGACGAUGCAGUCCCUUCUGUGCCCCCUUCCGAGACAGCGCCCGAGAACAAGACCGGAGCGGCCUCAGAAACACCGGAGACGUCGACCAAAAAGCGACGCAUCUUUGCAGAAAAGGGUGGGUCCGUCGCUGUGCUCCGGAGGUCGAUUGUGAUGGAUAUCCUCGAGCAAGCUGGUGGCGCCUAUCCUAUGGGUACCGAAGUCUGGUAUCCAUUCAUGACGGCAUGGCAGAAGAAACGGCAUAAAGAAAUACCCGACCUGCGCACCAUCAGGGCAGUCGUGAAAACCAUGAUCGACAGUGGCAAGGUCCGCCAGUUGACCUUCAGUGGGAGAGACAGCAAGGGAGUGAUGGUGACCAAAAGCAUCAUGUACAAAGCCGAUAUGCAGCCCGACGACCCUCUGAUCCAGGACAUGCAGAAGAAAAUGCUGGCCGCCACUCGAUGCUACUUCCCUCCCAAUGUUGAAAUCGACCCCGAGAUCUCAAAGAAUGGCAACCGGAAUAGCCUACGCCGAGACAUGAAGCAGCUUUCUCAGCUGCCGGUUGAACGCAGCGUUACGGUUCAGCUACACCAGAAGCCCGCCAUGGUUCGGGCCGUGGAACGACGCCGACAACACAUGUUGCGAACCGAACUGUUACAGCGGCUGAGUAUGGGAGAUGACUAUGAGUUUGAUGCCACUGAUGGGUCAGAAAUCGUCCGACUCAUGACCCUUCGUCGUGGCUCUGCCAAAGACAAUACACAGGGACUCACAUCCAUCUCCCGUCCAGGGCGCAUGGGAGAUGGAACUCGGCAAGGACAAAGACGGCGGGCCGAGGCCGGGCUGGCUUCCCUUCGCAAGAUGAGGCGACUCUGGUCCUCCAUCGCGCCGUACACGAUGCUGAUGAACACGAAGUCCUCGUUCCACGCCACCACUGGAACCUUUGGUACGGAGGCCGGGAUUCCGGCUCUGCAGGCUGCCAAAGAACGUGCGAAAGCGGCCGCCAGAAAGAAAGGUCACAAGGUACCAUCGGGACUGCCGCAUUCGCUCGACGACAUUUUCAGCCAGGCGCGGAGACGAACCAUGGAUUAUACUGGCAAAUCUGAUCCCCGAUCCCGUCGGUUCUUCCGGGACAACAAUGUUAUUCUCAAGUGGGAGCUCAGCAAUGAAGAUUUACUCCGUCGGAAGAGCACAGACCUCCUGUAUAUCAACCAGACGGUCCAGGACAUGGAGACUCCUGGUAUCGAAGGGAACAUUCGGUUCGACGUGGAUGAGGACACCGGGAGAGUGGCGAUCCCACGGACUCCCAUGACCACCCGACAGAAAGCCCGACUGGAAGGCGAGCCUGCUCCAUCGCGGCGACGACGUUCCGAGUCUGCUCUGGAGCCCAAGCACCGCCGUCUGGCCAAACUGAACGAGAGCCUGGCCGCCGACGAGAAUCGGCUUGCUGCGACCCAAGCUGGGCCACGCCAGCCCGCCCGUCGUAGCCGUCUGGUCGCGCAAAUGCCGCAGCCCCUUGUCCAGCAAUUCAUCGCAGCCAUUGUCGCUGUGCGUAGUCUCGCCGGGGGGUCUGAUGCUCGUUUGAUUGAUUGGUCCCUUCUCUGUUGUUGCUUUCCAGAUCUGGAACCCGCUUUUGUGAUUGGCAGAGCCAAGGGGAUUCUUACCAAGUACCGGCUACAGAUCGCCAAGAUGCAGAGUGAUUUCCAGGAGCGGUUCAUUGAAGCCUACGCCAAUGACCAGGUCCCCCCGAUCGAUUACGACAACCUCGAAGCGUAUGACUGGGAGGGGGUGAUUGAGUGGGCGAACACGCAGCUGGAUGCCCCCCGAUCCGAGAAGCUUCCGGACCUGCCAGCAACCCGGGAGCAGUUCGACAGCGUUUUCGAUCUCCGCGAGGAAGCCGUUGUGCCGCUGGAUGAACUAUACCAAGCCACCCAGUCGGUCACGAUGAGUCGUAAGCGGGCACUCAUCGCCAGUGUUCCGUUCGCCACUCCCCUGCCCGACCAUUCGACACGGCCUCCACCGCGCCGAGAUGAACUCGCGCGCUUGGACGUCGCGAAGACUUGGGUGCGGGCCAACGUGGUGACCCCGCAAGAGACGUAUCGGCCCGCCGACGCGCGACAAGCCUUGGAGGGCUUUGGCGAGCAUGUCGUGCAGCAGGCGUUGCAGUCCUUGGUGACAGAGCGGGCCCUCUCCAUGGGCAACCGGGGCCGCAUCACCCCUGGCCGGAACUACGACGUGACGGAACACUUCCUACUCACCCUCGGACGACGCCGUGUGAUCGAAAGUACCGAGCUCCGGCGCGCACCGCGAUUCAAGACGGAGACCCUGGAUCCAGCCCUGCGCCGACAGGGAUAUUUGGACAUCGACUACAACGCCGAAGACGGCGACAUGAUGGUCGCAAUCAACCUGUUCGCCGCGGGCCGUGUGGUGCUGCAGCCGCGCGACGCACCGCGGGAAAAGUACGGACUGACCGACGGCGGAUACCUCACGCGGCAGAUCGACAAGGACAAGCUGCGCUUCUCCGUGGAGGUGCGGCCGGCCAAGUCGUACGUCUACGGGAACCCGAUCCAGGAGCAGACCAACAGCCUGGCAGCCCCGCGCCCACCGGAGGACAUCGACCCCACCACACCCCUCCCAGCAAAGGUUCCGCUCUGGUACGACAUCCACGGUGCCUUUGUGCGGGUGCUAUGGGAGCUGGCGGUGGCGGCGGUGGUCGGCUGCGUGGCGACCCGGCCGGGGAUCAGCGCGAAGGCGAUUGCGGGGAUGUUGAAACCGACGAUGGGCGGCUGGGAGGUGCAGCUAUUAUUGGAGUGGCUGGAGGGAGUGGGAGUGGCACGAUUGGAGGGGGAUCACGAGAAGCGAACGGAGGAGCAAGCGGGAUGGGUGGUUCAAGAAUGGUGGUGGAUGGUAUUAGGAUAA